AGUAACCAAGUAACCGUCGUGUUAAACACUACCUCGUUCUCUCUUUUGAGAUUAUAAUUAUUUUAUUAUUUAUUUUAUUUUUAAUCAACAUCAAAAGCUUCAUAUUAUAUUUUUAAUAAUUAUCUUAUUAUCAAAAAUUGUGUGAUUUGUUUUGUCUGUAUUUACAGUAAUGUAAUUUAUAUAUCUUAUCAUCAAAAAAAUUAUUUAAUUUAUGACUUUACAAAUGCAAAAAUAUGCCAAAUAUGCAAAAAAGAUUAAAAAAAAAAAAAACACACAUACACGCAAUCUAACUACGUGAUGUAGAUAUAUAUUUUUUUUAAAAUAGUUAAAUAUUUUUAAAGUUUGUUUAUUAAAUAUUGCAGUGGUUAUUUUAUUUUUUUUUAUUUAUCAAAUGAGUUGUGAAAUAAUUUACAGACAAUCGUUAAGUGAUAAAAAUUCUGGCUAAUCUUUAAAUGAAUUCAUGAAAAUUUAUCAAAUACUCAACACUAUGGUUACUAAAUUGAAUUUGUCAUAUGAUAAAUAUCAAUAAGUGAAUAAUUAUAUUAUUUACAGAAGAUAAUUAAUUAUGCCAAGAAGAAAAAUUGUGAAGAAAAAAAAAAUUGCAUUAUUAUUUGUAAUUUAUUAAUGGCUUAAAUUUGAUUUAGAUAUGAAAAUAUGGAGGCUUGAAAAGAAAACUGGUACAUUUAAAAUAUUAGUAAAUUUAUUUUUUUUUUUUUUGAAUUAAAGACCUUUAAAUGGCAAACAUGGGAGUCAUUGUUUUUACUCAAAACAUGUACUCAAUGCGAAUGCUUGACAACAGCAGUAAUAAUGCAUCAGGACCAACUGGAGCUGCUGCAUUACCUGGUGUUCAUAGUGCUGGUAAUGGAACUGUAUUAACAACAGUACCAGGUGUAACUGAUGAAAGAAUGGAUGCAUCAAGUGACAGUGCAGUUAGUAGUAUGGGAAGUGAACGUGUACCAUCAUUAUCUGAUGGUGAAUGGAUGGAGACUGGAUCAAAUUCAAGUCAUACACAAGCUGAUUCACAUUAUUCAAUGGAUUAUGCAAGCAAAUAUCGAAUGCCAUAUGAUUGUAAUUAUACAAUGGCAGGAAGAAAUGGAGUAACACCAAGAUGUCAGGGUGAAAGAAUAUCACCAGUUGCACAAAAAAAACAUCAAAUGUUUGCUAAACGUUAUUUUCAAGAACAAGGAACUGGUUCACCGUUGGGUACAAGUGGACAUCCAACGACACUAGUCAAGUAUGAAUAUGAUACACAAACAGUUGGUGCUGGUGCACCAGGUAAUGCAUAUUCUGGACCAAUUGAAGGUGCAGCUGGACCACAAGCUGAACUUAAAUACAGUUGUAGUGUUGAUUUUUCACGUCAUCAAACAGCUCCACAAUUUUCUGGUCGAACACCACUUGAUCAUGUUCAACACAAUCACACUUACCAUUUACCUGCUGAUAGCUUAGGAGCUAUGCAAAGGCCUCUUUCACGUGAUAAAAAAUCACGAAGAAGUGAUAUUGAUGAACAUUUAACUAGAGAUGAAAAACGUGCACGUGCAUUAAAUAUACCAAUUGCUGUACAAGAUAUAAUAAAUUUACCAAUGGAUGAAUUUAAUGAACGUAUGAGUAAAAUUGAUCUUAGUGAGGCACAACUUGGUUUAAUACGUGAUAUAAGAAGACGUGGAAAAAAUAAAGUUGCUGCACAAAAUUGUCGUAAACGUAAACUUGAUCAAAUAGUAACACUUGCUGAUCAAGUUAAAGAAAUGCGUGAUCGUAAAACAAGAUUAAUACGUGAACGUGAUUAUAUGUUAGUUGAAAGACAAAGAGUUAAAGAUAAAUUUAGUCAACUUUAUCGACAUAUAUUUCAGUCACUUCGGGAUCCCGAUGGUAAUCAAUAUUACUCAAAUGAAUGGAGUCUUCAACAGUCAGCUGAUGGAAAUGUUCUUUUAGUACCACGAAAUCAAACAAACUCACAUCAUUCACGUUCAAAUAUGGAACCAAAAACAAAACCAGAUCCUGAACAUAAAGAAUGAAGUUAGAUUUUAGCAAUGCUCCAAAACGAUUGAUGAUCAGGAGACAGAUAUUACAUUUAAAAACAACAACAAAUUAAUUAAUAAAGAAAAAAACAAAUAAAAAAAGAAACAAAAACAAAUUAACAAAAUAAUUUGUUAUUAUAAAGUACAGCUUUGUUUAUGUUAAUCUUGGUGGCAAUAUUUUUCAUAUACCACAAUAAUUUACCAUCGUCAACAACGAAAAUAACGACUAAUAAUUAAGUAAAAAAAAAAACAAAAAAAAAAAAACUAUAUGAUGAUUGUAUUUAAUCAUAAAAACUUUAAAAGAUUUUUAUUUCUUUUUUUUUUUUUUUUUUAAGUUUUUUAAAGAGAAUGAAGGGGUUCCUUUUUUUUUUUUUUUUUUUUUUAUAUUUCACGACUAUGGGCAAAUUAUAUUUAUGAACCAGCUCAAGAUAAAAAAAUAAAACAAGAAAAAUAAAUUCUAUCAUAAUGAUGAUUUAAAAAAAAUUAAAUUUUAUUUAAAUAAAAAAAAUGCCAAUGAACAAUUGAAAUAUUAUGUUUCAAUAAAUUCCAUUUGAAAAACGUAAAUAUUUUUCGGUGAGCUUGUAAAAGCAAAAAUAAAAAAUAUUAGAUUUAAAUAAAUAAAUAUAUAAAUUAUAAAUAUAAUUAUUAUUAUAAAAUUAUUUGUUUUAUAUUCAAGAAAUAAAAUUAGAUAAAAAUUGAAAUAAAAAACAAAAAAAUUUAAUGUAAAAAUUGACAAGAAAAAACUCGUUUCGAAUUAUCGAGUUUAAAAAUUUCAAUUAAAAUGGAUAUAUAAAUAGUAAUAGCUUUUUUUUUAUUUUAAAAUUAAUAAUUAAUUAAAUAUUUUAUUAUUUAUUUAAUACUUUAAUUGUAAUGUUUUGUUUUUUUUAUUUAUUUUUUUUUUUUUUUUUCAUACGAAAUUAAAAUAAUCAAUUUAAUUCAUUUUGUCACAAAAGUAUUUCGAUGUUCUUCAGGUGCUAUCACUAAAUUUCAAUAUAAAAAAAAAUAAUUUACAACCAUGAUAAUUAAAAUGUACGUAAUUAUUUUAAAGAAAAAAACUUCAUUCUGCGAUAAAGAUAUUAUUUCUCUUUACAAUAAUUUAAGUAAAAAUUUGAAUUGAAAAAAACCAUUCAAUGUCUCGUGCUGCUUGUGCAUUUAAUUGAUUGAUAUAUAAAAAUAAAAAAAAAAUUUUUACAAUAAAUUUUGGGUUGGAUAAAAGGCAAAUGAUUGAAUAGAAAUUUUUAUAAGACACCUUGACAAGUAAAAAAAAAAUCCUUUUUCAAUAAAAUAGAAAAAAAUAUAUUGCUUAUUUCAACACAGCAAAUAAAGAUUAAUAAUUAAUUUAAAAAAAUAAAAUAAAUAUAUUUCAGGUAUUUCACAUUUGCCUUUGUAUGUAAAUAUUGAUGUAGCUAGUAUAAUUUUCUAUAAAUACAUUACGUAAUAAUAAUGCGAUAUAAACGUUAAAUAAAAAUAAAAAAAAAAACAUAAAAAACAGUAAAUAUAAAUAAGAUAAUUGUAUAAAGAAAUUGAUAAUAAAUAAUUGAUGUCGUUAAUUUGACAAAACAAUUAUUAUUAUUUUUUUCUUUUAUUUGUUUAUUUUAUUUUUUAAAUUAAUAUUCAAUAAGGAUCUAUUGUUUUUGGCAUAGUACUUGUGGUGUAGGAUAAACGAAAAAAAAAAUACAUUUUUUCUUUCACGUACCGUACUUGACGAACGAAAAUUGUGCUGUUGAAUAUUCUUUGGAAAUAAAAAAAAAGAGAAAAAGCUUA